CGCUCUCGUAUCAGAUAUCAUACAAUCGAAAGUAUUUGGCUUCGGUGCGUGUACUGAGGUUGUAACUGUGGUGUAAUUAAUCACUGGUUUAUAUUUAUUAUUACGAGAUUGUUUUACCAUGUUUAACAAGGUGUUUCCUACAUUUUGCAUUGUCAUAUUUUUAACAACGACCAUUUCUUCUUCACUGAAAGAAUCUGUGUCUUACGAUGGGUAUGCUUUACUUCGCAUCACACCUACUACAGAACACCAGCUUCAAUAUUUACUCAAGCUGAACGCAAACGCAUCCAAUGGACUGGACUUUUGGUUGCGAUCUACGGCAGUCAACAACUCAGCGGAUGUUAUGGUAACACCUGAAGCCAAGAGAAGACUGUGCCGGAGCUUAAACAAUAUUCGAAUACCUUACAAAGUCCUCAUACAAGAUUUGGGAAGAUUAAUCGCAGAAGAUCAAGCGGACACUGUAAUAGUUCCUCCUGGUCUUGAAUUUUUUGCCGAUUACAAUCCUGUAGAUGAAAUUAAUAUAUAUAUGAGAGAUUUGGCUUUGAAGUAUCCAGACGUCGUUUCUCUCAUCGAAAUAGGUACAUCUUUUGAAGGGAGACCAUUGUUCAUCUUGCGAAUUUCUACGCCUUUUUCCGAACCGAAACCUUCCAUUUGGAUUCAAGGAGGAGCGCAUGCGCGAGAACAGAUAGGUCCUGCAGUCCUUCUUUUUAUCGCAUUACAGCUGAGCAGUUCAUGCAACCGAAAUGCUGAAAUUUUCACGCUUGUGAAUACGUUUGAAUGGUAUAUUGAUCCCAUAGUUAAUCCUGAUGGCUACGAAUAUUGUCAGAUUGAUCGCUUGUGGAGAAAGACCCGAUCUCGUUGCCCAAGUUCAAAGUGUGUCGGUGUAGAUGCUAACAGGAACUGGGAUUUCAAAUGGAAUGAUGCAGCGGGAUCCAGUACCAAUCCGUGUUCCCACAACUAUGCUGGACCUGAACCUUUUUCGGAACCUGAGACAAGAGCUAUCGCGGAAUUCAUGUUGGACAACCUCAAGGGUCGACUUGAGCUAUUCAUUGACAUCCACAGUUACUCGCAGAGGUGGAUGACGCCAUGGGGGUACACUACAAAGUUGCCGCCAAAUUACCGAGAGCAGAAGCUAUUAGCUGAAGUUGCUACUAAAGCAUUGGAAACAGUAUACGGUACAAAAUAUACUGUGGGUUCUUCUGGUAGUAUCUUAUAUACAGUCAGUGGCGGUGCAAGAGACUGGGUGUAUGGCACUCUGGGAGCAAAGUAUAGUUACGUGGUAGAAGUAAGAGACAAGGGAGAUUUUGGUUUUCUACUGUCUAGGAAGCAGAUAUUGCCGACUGUUGUGGAAACAUGGACUGGUGUGAAAGCAAUGGCGUGUGCCCUCUCAAAGUGGGUGUGACUGAACAUAACUGAAAAAGAGUUGAUUUUUCCAGAUAACCUAGGACUGAUGCGAUUAUCUUUUCAUGUUAGAAGAAUUUACUAGAAUAAAAAAUGGAACGGCGUAACAUUUAUA